GUUCAGUAGCGUUCUACGUGGCUCGACAGUGCACUGUGCCCUUUAAAAUAAAGUGAAGUUUUGAAACUGAAGAUGUGCAGAAAGAAAUAGAAAAAAAAAACAUUCAGUUAAACAUAGAACCUUAUGCUUUUUGAAGUCGGUUAAAAAUGGUGUUCCUUUCUAGUAACUAUAAGUUUAAAAACUGCCGAUUCUAAAUGUCUAGUCGUUACUCUUUUAAACUAUCCCUUAGAGGGUAGUCAGUGAGGACAAUCAAAACUUGUAAAUGUGUGAAGUGUGUGUGAAGUGUAAGGAACCAUGAUUCCCCUAAGCAAGGUUGCUCAUCGUGCUUGCUUCUUUAUGAGCAAAACUGUUUACAUGACAUGUUGUUGCGGUUGCUGCAGCGCGCUGCGCCCACGCUACAAGCGUCUCGUGGACAACAUCUUCCCCGCGUCCCCGCAAGAUGGCCUGGUCAAGUCCAACAUGGAGAAGCUCAUCUUCUACUCGCUCUCCAGUCCUGAGAAGCUCGACAGGAUUGGAGAAUACCUCUUCCAGAAGGCUUCUAGAGAUAUUUACAGGAGACGGCAUGGGUUUGUGAUAAUAGCAAUGGAGGCGAUGGACCAGCUUCUACUGGCGUGCCACUCGCAGACCCUCAACCUGUUCGUGGAGAGCUUCCUCAAGAUGGUGCAGAAGCUGCUCGAGUCCACCGACCCUCAACUUCAGAUCCUUGCCACCCAGAGUUUUGUCCGUUUCGCGAACAUAGAAGAGGACACGCCGUCGUACCACCGCCGCUACGACUUCUUCGUGAGCAAGUUCUCAGCCAUGUGCCACAGCAACCACGCCGACAGGGCCACUAGGGACAAGAUACGGUUGGCCGGGAUACAGGGGUUGCAGGGUGUGAUCAGAAAGACGGUGUCUGAUGAUCUAGUGGAGAACAUCUGGGAAGCGCAGCAUAUGGACAAGAUAGUGCCCUCGCUUCUCUACAACAUGCAGACGGCUGAGAAGUACGAGACAGUGUCGUGUAUGGACGCGGACGCCCGCGACGGAGACGAGGAGGCACCGCCGCGGCUGGCGGAGGCCUGCCUGCGGGAGCUGGUGGGCCGCGCCUCCUUCGGACACAUCCGCAGCGUGCUGCGGCCCGUGCUCACCCACUUCGACCGUCACGAGCUGUGGGUGCCGAAUGAUUUUGCCGUACACGUGUUUAAGAUCAUCAUGUUUUCCAUUCAGGCGCAGUACUCGUACAGCGUGGUGGAGGCGCUGAUGCAGCACCUGGACGCGGGCGCGGCGGGCGGCGCGGGGGACGCACGCGCCCGCACGCGCGUGCGCGCCGCGCGCGCCGCCGUGCUCAGCAACAUCGUGGCCAUCGCCGCGGGGGACAGCGUCGGUCCGUCAGUACUCGAAAUUAUCAACAACUUGCUGACCAACUUACGGGCAUCUGUUGCUAGAGAUUCCGAGCAAAAAGAAACCGACGAGAAGCUGUACCAGGAAGCUUUGAUAAACGCUCUGGGCGAGUUCGCGGACCACUUGCCGGACUUCCAGAAGAUAGAUAUCAUGAUGUUCAUCGUGAGCAAGAUCCCGAGCCAGAAGAAGAUAACGCGAGCCGACGCCAUGCUGCAGAGCAUACUGCUCAAGUCAUUGCUCAAGGUGGGGACAACCUACAAGACCACAGAGCUCAGCAAGGCGUUCCCGGCAGCGUUCCUGGAGUCUCUCCUUCGCUUAUCAGGCGCCGGGGAGCCCAGCACGCGACUGCUGCUGCAGAGGAUCCUGCAUACCUUGCUCGACAGGCGAGGGAACGCUUGCCAUCUCACCACUCCCACUGUGGACUACGCCGAGCUUGGCCUGACGGUAGAGAAGUGCUCUCGACCUGACCUGAUAUUCAUCAGCAAGCAUGGAUACGCCAUCUUCAGCUCGCUGUAUGAAGGUCUGCAACUGGAAUCGAACACUGUUGAAAACAUCGAAGCGAUCUACACGACCCUCGCGCUGCUGUUCAUAGAGCUAGCCUCCGAGGAGACCGUCUGCGACAUGCUGCAGCUGGUGCUGGCUAUCCAGCAGUCAGCGAUAUCGAACCCCGUGCUCUCAGUAGCUCAGCAGUGCCAGGUGCACAGCAUCGCCAUCGCCCUGGCCGCGCUGCUGCCGCACGUCUGCAUGCUGCCCAGGCUGGCUGACUACUUCCAUAAGAUAAUACAAGCCCGCCGCGACGAGGGUGGCCACAUGGUGCCGCCGCUGCUGGAGGACUACGAGCACGUCACGGCCGCCAAGAUGCCCUCCAAGCUGCCCUACCUCAUGAUCGAUCAGCUGGCGCUGUGUGAGAUGCUGAAGGCCAGCGGCGUGGAGGCGGCGCGGCUGCAGUCGCCCUCGCCCUACGCCAGCGGCGGGCUGGGGAUGCAGCACCGCCACAGCUGGGUGGAAGCCGGAGCGACCCAGGGCCGCGACAGCUUGGCCGACAUCCCGCAGGGCACCGUCGCUGAGCUCGACAGCGCUAACAGCUCCCCGGGGGUGCAGAGGCACCAGACGCAGGCGGAGACGGUGAGCCUGGAGGCGCUGCGGCGCGCGGCCACGGGCCCCAGCGAGGCGGAGCGCCGCGAGAGCGAGCGCCGCGCCGCCACGCUCAACAACGCCUUCAGGACCGCGCCCUUCGACCAGCUGCUGCACCUCACGCAGCCCAAGUAUGAGAUCAAGGACAAGCUGGAGGAGAUCUUCAACUCGAUCCAGGAGGAGCCGCUGCUGCCCGCGUCGGGCGCGUGCUCGCCAUCCCACAAGCCCUUCCAGCACAGCCAGUCCAAGUAUUUCCCGGAGCUCUUCCUCUAUUAGCCUUACUCUCAACUCGCAAACACGUAGAGGCUUCCAUAUUCGGAAGUAGCGCGCCACAACUGCCUUCGCUAAUGCAAUUGUUACUAAAUAUUAUCCCAGUAGUACUUAAUGUUUGCUGUUAUAUGUACUAACUUUGACUGUAAAAUUUUGUUACACCCGAGACACUGCAAGUAACAGCCCCAUUCUUACCGCUUAAGGGUCGAAUCACAUCUGUCAACAAAAAAGCACAUUUUUUAACAAGAUGGUGUGACUUUAAGAGGUAUAGAGGUGAAACUUGUACUGAUAGAAAGCAUAUUUCACACAAAUACCUACCAUACUGUGAGAUUUUUUUGACGUGACUUAAUGCAGACAUGCCGCAGAUGGCAUUAACUAAUUGGCCGGACAAAUGGGGAGCGCUCAGGGCUCUAAUUCGGUACAAAACAUAGGACUGUUGUUUGAGGGUGCCCAGUUGAACGCGAACCUCGGCUCAAGGCGUCGUCUGAGAGGAUGGUAUUUGAAAGCAUUAAUCGACCCUAAUAGUCGGUAGCGAUGCGCGCUGGAUGAGGAAAUAGUCGACAACCACGCCGGCGGUCUUGAAGUGUUCAUUGUCGCGAGCUGAUUGGCCGCCUCUAUGGCUAGAGUAAUCAGGUCGUCGGGAUCGUAUAUUACUUCCUUCGGGCGCCGAUACUUUCAGAACCGUCUCUAAGCGGGAUGUAUUCAGACUUAUUUGUGCUUUUCAUGACAUAAACGUAUUUAUUAUUUAUUGAGCAAUCAAUAAUAACCCUGACACCAGGGUUGAUAAUUCACCUCACAACCCAUACGAUAGAAGAAGAAGCAAUGCAAUCUAUACUGCAUACGCGUGCUAUCGCCUCGUCCAUUCUGCCUUAUGCGAUCGCUCUCUCUCGCUCUAGCAAAUGACAGUUCUGAGUAACAGAAAAGGAUAGAAGUAUAGUAAAGUGUGACGACGAUGUGGUUUGACCCAUGGUAUAAGAAGACCAGGUAUGCUCAAUCCUAUGACAAGCCGCCAUUGCUAGCCCAUUGAUGACGUAAGUGUUACCAUUAAAUAGGUAUCUCUAAUAUUCCAAGGACGUAAAUUUUAUUAUUGAAAAUUAAGUGAAUUACUGACUAAUGUAUUUAAUUACUAUUAUUUGUCACGUAUAUAAAAAUCAUUAAAACUGUACGUAAAUCUUUUACUAAAAGUACAAAAUCUCAUUUCAAAGUAAAUUAAAUACAUUGACCGUGGGUUUAUUUUUUAACAAUGGGUUUAUUUUUUAUUUGGCAACGCAGGGUGGGAUGACGUUAGCUGAGCUAACCUUGAAAUGCUAGCUGUCAGUUUUGAGCAUACCUGGUUGUCUUAUACCACGGUUUGACCCUAAAGAUACCCCCAGUUGACGAUGAGUGGGUGUCUAUACUACAUACACCUCUGCCUACUCCUUCCGGGAUGCAAGCGUGAUGCUUCGUUAUGUUAUGCUGAAUAAUGACAAAACAUUCCAAUUCCUUAUGUUUUAAUUGACUUAUUGGUAUCGAUUUGGUUAGAAUCUCUUUGUAUUAAUAAUUUAGGGGCCAAUUGAUUAAAUGUUGCAUCAUUUAUGAUUAAUUACUAUUUAAAAAUAUUGUUUGUUGAAAAUACUUAUGAAAUCUGUAGUGAAAAACGCCUAGUUUAUUCUAUUUUACUGGAUAAAAAUUUAUAUCUUCAAUAUUUAAGCUUCUAAUACUAUAUAUAAGGCAUUUGUCUCACUGUCUAAAAGCAAACUAUAAUAAUAAUAAUUAUUAUUAUUAGCCUGUGUGAUCCCACUGCUAAGCAAAGGCCUCCCCUAUAAUAUUACACAUAAAAAAAUACUACAAUACCGAAAAAUACAUAAAAAUUAUAGGUAGAAAAUCGAUCCAUAAUUUAAAAAAAUUAAAAGUUCGAGUUUUGAAAUUUAACGACUCAUAAAACACCGGUAAAUAGUUUUUUUGUUAAUUCAGCGGGACAAAAGCCUACAUCAUUGAUAUAAAACUUCAUACCUAUUCGAUAUUCCAAAUAAUGUUUUUCGUCAAUUGACUUCAAUAAUAAAAUUGCUGACUUUUGUAGAAUACAUAAUAAAAUGGUAUUAUUAAAGACAUUUAAAAAUGACAUUGCAACAAUAAUAUUCAAUAUAAUACAAUAAAUAAAAUAUAAAUAUUAAAAAAAUGUAACCGAUAUUUUCUUUAAUAUUGUGAUAAUAUUUGUUAUAUAGGAUGGUGGUUAUAAAUAUCAUUGAAUUGUUUUGUAAACUGUGUAUAAGUAUUUAUAGAAAGUGUAAAGGGAGUAUUUUUUUUAAAUAUAGCAGCUGAUGGACUCUUUCAGCGAUCAAAAUUAAUUGCGGAAAUCAUUAUAGACGGCGAUACGGCUUACCACACUACCACGUCGGUCUAACAGAUAGCUCGGGAAGGUGUGGGUACUUAGUUCAUAUUACCACUGACUAGCCAAUUAAUAUGAGUAAUCAUAUUAAUUCAAGUGCCCCUGUAUUUUCGUAGGUAUGUGGUGUGUCCUAACCUACAUUGGGCUGGUUUUGCCUUCGCGGGUUGGAAGGUCAGACAGGCAGUCGCUUCUGUAAAAAACCGGACCUGUCAAAUCGUCAGCUUAGGUAAGCAGACCCUGUGAAAAACGGGAUAAUGUUAGAGGGAUGAUGGUUAAUUCAAGUUGAUAUUUAAAUACACAAAUAAAUACUUGUAUACAAUUUCCGGCUUACUAAUAAAAAAUAAACAAGAUGUAUAACUAUUUGAAAAUAUUUUACUUAUCUGUCAAGGGGCCGUCCAUUAAUCAUGCGAGGCUCGAGAGGGGGGGAAAAUCUAUGAAAAAAUCACGAAAUAUCAUAAGGGGGUGGGGGGGUGUAAUAAUAUAUCACGAGUAUUUAUUUUACGAACCGAAAAGUCGGCUCGUGCAAUUAUUUUGGUAGGUACUAAAAAUACACGUGAUAUUGGUAUGGGGGGGUAGUCUUGAACCUCACCAUGUAUCGCCAGGGGGCGGGUUUAAAAAUGACAAAAAAACAUCACAUGAUUAACGGACGGCCCCCAACUACUUGUUAGCCAUUGUGGUCCUGUGGUAUACCGGCUUGUUUCUCAAACGGGAAGAGCCGGUUCGAAUCCUGGUCCUUUACUUGCACUAAUGAGUUAUUAAUUUAUCCUAAGUACAGUUUUCACUAACACAGUUGGCUCAAACGGUGGUCUAACAGAAAGCUCGGUGAGGUGAGGGUACUUAGUUCAUCUCGCGAUGGUUGAACCUCUAUCUACCCUGUUGGGAUAUAGUCGUGAACUUAUGUUGUUACACGUUAACUGCUUGUUUAUUAAUUAUUGGUAACGCGAUUAGGGAUGUGACAUUUUUGGGAAUGAAUCGAUUGUUUUUACCAUAUAAAAAUCGAUUAAUCGUUGCCUGGGUCGCAUUCCUAAACGCGGUAGGAUAUGAAUGUAAAGGGGAUGGAUACCUUACCUAAAUGUAUUUCAUAGUAUCGAAACGAUCCUGUUAUUUUGUUGUACUUAAUGUUAUUCUAUCUAUAAUUAUGUUAGGUUGUGGUUAAUGUUAAUAAAUGUAGUUCUGAAGA